AUGGGUUUAUCUGACGGCCUUGUCAUCCUCAUAUGUGUCCUGGUGGCCGGUCUCACCGUCGCGGCAGGCGCAGCACUUCAUCAAGUGAUGGACCGAAGGCGAACCAGCUCUGGUGGGGAUGGAGAAGGGAUAUUGCCCUUCACAAAUGAACAGGAACAUUAUAUGAGGCAAGUUCGGUCGAGGAACUAUGCCCAACUUUUUGGCGGAAGACAGCCAGCGUAUUAUCCUCCCCCCGAGACCACCGUUACCACCACGACGCACGCUUGA